GCGAGAGAAAAAAGGAGGAGAGCUCACAAGUAACUAUAGGAGGCAGGGAGUGCCUGUUCUUCCUUUGUCCCAUUCCUCCGCUCAGCAGGCAAGAGUUGCCAGGCUUAGGGCAUCCACAUUGGAAACAUGAUGUCCUGCUGCUUCCUGUGGGCCCCAACCCUGCUCUCCAUUGCCUUGACCAUGAGCAGCAUCACCCCUGCUCCCUCGGAAUCAAACUUCCCAUUGUUCGGGAUCAAGCUAAAUUCCAGAACAGCAGAAAAUGAGAAAAACAAAAAUCCUCUCACAGUCCCAAGCAUCCAGUUUCACUGGAAGACUUUUGUAGCAGGCCACACAGAGAGUGACAUCUUUUGGCUGAACCAGACCCAUGCCAUCCAGAGGAUGACCUAUAUGGAGAUGUCGGAACGGUCCCAGGGAAAUGAUGACAAACAACAGUCUCAAAGUACAGGAAAAAUCUUGAUUCUAAACUGUCAAACUAGAGGAUUGCAUUGGCUGUCAUCCAUUCAGACGAUCCAGGAAAGUCCAAUACCACUGAAGUUAUCUUGGGUGUGGACUGAAAAUGGUACAACUCAUAGUUAUGAUCACUACCAAGCGAAUGCUCAAGGACAACAGUUGAACUCUUUUUCUGUAAAUGUGGAUUCACAGUUUCAAAGGUGGUUUCAUUGUUGUUGGCAAAGUAAGAGUUUGAAGAAUUGCAAUAAUAGGGUUGAUUUUAGGAUGAAAGAUUAUAAAUUUAACUCUUUUGAAAAUUCCUCCAUAGGUCUGAAGAACAAUGUUAAACAGUUAGAUAACAGAGUGGAGUUAAAGAGAAGACAGACUAGAGACUUGGAUCCCUCUCAGGGAAUAAUGGAGUUGGGAAGAUAUGUCAGUGGGGUAGUAUGGGCUAACACAGGAGGAGAGGCUGUUUUUCCUUGCAUUCUUGAUUUGGAUUGCCCAAAUACAGCUCUCUCCAAUCGUAGGAAUGAUUGGUUUCACAACUCAGAUUUGGUCAUUGCAUCAGAGGAACAGGGAGUCAUGUAUGGCAUAUGGGGAAAGGGAGUAUCCUAUACAAACCCAGAUAAUCCAUUGGAUAUUUCCUUUAAACUACAUGAAGUUUCCCCUGCUGAUGAAGGACCCUAUGAAGGGACCUAUGCUAUAGAUGGUAUUGGGAUAGCAAAAUGCAUCUAUACACUGAAAGUUGGCAGUCCACUUAAUGACACACAAUCGUCUUAACACAUGUUGUGGGGCUAAAAUCCAGAGAACCUUACACCUUACCACAGACCAUACGAUGGAAAAGAUUGUCUGCAUAUGUAUUUCCUUAUUACUAACUUUCUUCCAACUAGUUUUACCUUUACCUUUUUCUAAUCAGACAUGGAUUAAGUAAAUAGAAGCACUGAUUCAGUCCCGAAAAAAAAAAGAAACCAUCAUUAAAUCCUCACAGCACAAAUACAUGUUCUUCUAGAA